GUGCGCGAUAGUCGCUCUUAUAGAAAGUGCCAGUAGUUACGAAUUUGAAACUUAUGCUUAUACAGUGUGCGAUAGCCACUCUUAUUGAAAGUGCCAGUAGUUAAGAAUUUGAAACUUAUCCUUAUACGGUGCGCGAUAGUUACUCUUAUAGAAAGUGGCACUUCUGUUACUUUCUAUAAGAGUGGCUAUCGCACACUGUAAAAGGGUAAGUUUCAAAUUCAGGAAUUCUGGCACUUUUUAUAAAAGUGGCUGUCGCACACUGUAUAAGGAAAAGCGUGAAAUUGUGAAACUGUGAAAUUGUACUCUUUUCUAUAAGAGUGGCUAUUGCACACUGUAUAAGGAUAAGUUUGAAAUUCUGAAAUGCUAGAGCUUUCUAUAUGAGUGACUAUCGCGCACUGUAUGAGGAUGAAUUUGAAAAUCAGAAAUUCUAAAAUUUCAGAGGUUUCUUUUAUAAAAGUAAAUGAUUCAUUUAUAUUUCUUUCUGUAUUUCUACCUUUACUUUUAAAAAAUUAAGUAGAAAUAAACAAAUAAAUAUAAAUGAAUCAUUUACUUUUAUAAAAUAAAGAUAAAUUUUUUUUCCAUUUAUUUUUAUUUAUUUUUUAAAUAUAAAUGACGAAUUUAUCUUUAUUUUUUAAGUAUAAAUGAUUCAUUUACAUUUAUUUUCUAAAGUUACACUAAAUUAACACCCCUAGCAUGCUGGUUGAAAUCGUGUACUCCCUGAAUGGCAAAACUUUGCUUGAAAAUGACCAUGAUUUUGUACCAUAAAAAUAUUCUUUUUCCAGACAGACAUCUGAAAAAAUGUCCAGUGAAAUUAUCACCUAUUUCGAAAACUCUGGUUGAAAUUUUAGAAUUGUUAUUUUAGAUAAAAACUUUGAAUACCCUGAAAAUACAGUAAUUUCGUAUAUAAAGAAAAGUCUGUCUAGAAAAUGAAAUUUACUCUUUUCAAACACAGAGGCAACAAAACAAAGUGACCUAAUUACUUUUUGAUUUCUUCAGGUUUUUUUCAACGAACCUAUGUUUUCAUUAUUUCUUUCAACAAUAAUAGUGGUUGUUUCAGGUGAUGCCAGUAGAUUAAUGGAUAGUGGCUUUGAAGUCAAAUGAUUUUGAGCUGCUACAUUUGAACUUAAUUGUUCUGAUGACGGUGAAUUAUAAUUAAAUUUUCAUAAUAGCCACAGAACCAGAUCAAAAACACAUAAAAAAAUAUAUAAAAAAAUCAUUAUUUUAACACGGCGCACGAACUUUUUCCUCAACCUAAUAAAGAAGCAAAAACAUAGUACCAAAAUUUUAUUUUAAAAGAACACGAGAUUCGUAAUCAGCGUAAAAAACUGCGUCUGGCGCUGUGCUUAGACCACUUCCAUAACGGAAAAUUGCUUUUAAAAACUUAAUCAGCGAAUUAUCGAGUUACGUGGACAAGCCGCGUAACGGACAUAUACAAAAUGCUGCUGAGGUGUGCGAAGUUAAGAAAAUAGUCAGGCAUAUUUCACAAAGCGUUCAGUAUUUAUAAUAUAAGUUAUCAUCAAUUUGUAUAUUUCUACUAAAUCAGCCUGUUGAAUAUUAGUAUCUUUGAGUAGCAGUAAGAGAAGAGUAACAAUCGUAUUUUGGGAUUAUCUAUAUUGACAUUCUUUGACUUCUUUAGGCUUUUUAUAAAACUAAGUAUAUGUAAUAUUAUCGAAAAACAGGUGAUGAAUCAUUAUUAUCGAUUGAGAAGAGAUCAGAACCUUCAAUAACAAGACUGGUAAGACUUUUAGUACAAAGAACCCUGUUUUUCUGUCUUGAAAUUAAAGGCAGUUAUAGUGAAAUGAAGUGUGGGCUCAGAGUAUUGAGAAAAAGUGUUUCUUCAUUUUUGACCCGCUUGAAAGUGUCUCAGACAAGUCAAGAGCUAUUGAUUAGAACCAGAAUUUUUCGCUCUUUCUAAGUAUAGACUUAUAAAUUUUGAGCCAGUUUUUUUGGAGAGCAGUUCACUAUUGUGAUCCAAAACUAAAAGUUGAAAUUUUAUUAAUGUAUCAGGUUUGAGAGAGAAAAUUACACCUUUUUGACGAAAGAAUAUUUUACGCAAAAAGGAGCUCCUGGCAAAAUUCAUAUAUUGUCACUAGCACAGCUUAGUUCAAUAUCACAUUUUGUAAAGAAGUGUCUGCUCUACAAAACUACCGUGUCCAAAAAUUUUUAGCAUCUCUGCCAAAGGACAUAUAUGAGUUAGCAAAAACCUGUUUGUGCGUUGUCCAAACUAACUUUUAAGGCCUUUCAAAGAUGCCCUUCUACUCUCGAACAAAAACUGGCACAAAAUUUCUAUAUCCGAACUUAGAAAGAACACAAAAUUUUGAUUCUAACAUACACCUUUUGACUCGUUUGAAAUACUUGAAAUGGACCAAAAUGAACAAACAUUUUGUCUCAAAACUUUCGGCCCAUCCGUUCAUCGUGCACAAGAGUGUGUGCGUUUAUUAUCAUUUUCAAAUGCAUAAAGUUUUAAACACACGAAAAGGAACGAACAAACUUAACAAAAAAACACUAAUACUUUUUAUUCCUAGAAUCAUUCAUUAGAGUUCUAUCGUAGAGCGUAAAUUCGUCUUUUUUUUUAAUGUGGCAUGCAGAAUCUGUAUGUGGGACAUAUGUGCAUCUUAUCGUAUGUGAAAUAAAGAAUUUGCGAUCUAUGAUAGAACUCUAUUAUAUAUUCUCUAUCACAUAUUUAACCCUAAUUCACUAUAUCAGAUGUCUUAUUUUCUCUUUUAAUGUCCUUUCUCUUUCGACUUGGUAAAAAUUUGAUCUUAGUUCGUUUUUGUUGUAGCCAAGUGGUACAUUUGGAACCUUCUUAGAGGUAGGACAGUCAGCAUCAGUGGAAUGAUUUUGCCACUCCUCUUUCACUGAAGUUUUCAAUGAAAACUCAAUACAAACAAAUAUUGUUUAUCUAACCCUUUACAUGAGUACCUUUAAUAAACUUACAUUUGGCACAUUCUCUCUCAUUCUAAUCAUAGAUAUUUAAUAAAUGUUUAUGUUUGAAAUUUUUUUGGUGAACAACUACAAGAAAUACUCCUACCAAUAUAAAGUAAAAAAUAUUCGUUUUUUAAGAGUAAGAUGUGUUGAAGUAUAACAUUAAGACAUCAUCCCAUCAAAUUUUAGACAUAAUAGAGCUGCGACAAAUAGCGAUUUUCUUCUCUUUUUCACGUUAUAUAUAAUGUGCACUCACGUUGCAAUGUAUGUAUCGAAUACUGAGCUGUUUUCGAAAACUUAGUCGUUUUUCGAGUUUUUGCGUCCUUUAAGCUUUUCAGUUCUUCAAGAUAUGUGUACGAAUUGUGUACGAACGUUAACGUUCGUACACACUAAGGAAAAGAAGGAAACGUUACAUCACUCUACACAGACAACAGUCUUAAUGUAUGUUAUAUAUGUGUACCAUACAUUGCAACGUGAGCACACACUAUACAUAACGUGAAUAAGAAAAGAAACUAGAAAAGAAAAUCGCUAUUUGUCGCAGCUCUAUUGUUUAGCGUACGAAACUUUAAACAAUUCUAUUCUAGUCAACCUCGAAGAACAAGUACGGCGUAUUUUCGAAGUACGAUUUAUACACACUUACAUUGGAUCGGUAUCUAACAAAAAGCAGACGAUGAAAUUUAAAAAACAGUCAAAUUUAUGUAAAGAAUAAAAAAUGUGUUCAUCUAACGUUAAAAGUUGGUUUAGACAAUCACUACAACCAUACUUGUUUCAUGUAUAGUAGAUGGAUACGUACAGCUUAUGUAAGAAAAUAAAAUGUUGAUAGACUUAUUUUUCUCAGUAGUUUUCAGCCUAGUACAAUAUGCGAUCCGACUGUGAUAAGCAAAACUUUUGUUUUCAGUCAGAUAAAAUCUCUUCAACAGAUCACUUGCAACGUGCUAAAACGACGAAAAAAUAUUUGUAUAAAGAAUAGAAAGAUAUAUCUAUGUACACUAAAAACAAUAGACUUAGGUGAAUCAUUCACCUAAGUUUUUUCAGUAAGAUCUUGAUUCAAGAUCUUGGUAAGAAAAUAUAAGAAUUCAAGAAAUUUCAAGAAGUCAAGAUCUUGAACAUCUUAUAAUUUCUUGACUUCUUGUACCAAGAUCUUGGAAAUUCUUGAAUCAUCGUUUUGUUUUACAUUCUAGUGUAAAUAUAAGUGCGAAUAUUUUCACACUUAGAAUAAGUUCGAUUUUUUUUGCUUCGAUUUGUUUUCUUGUUUAGGCUCAGGAAUUAUUAACACAAGAUUAUUUGCAUGCAUCGUAUGAAAAAUUGUUGCAGAAAUUACCACCUCAUCGACAAGUUGUACUUUAUUCAGAAAAACUUCCUGAUGAGAUCGACAAUUUUGCCGUAUGUAUAAACUCAUUUUUAUUAGGAAAAUCAUCUCAUAUGAAUAUGAAUAAGACAAUCAAAAUAAAUACUCGUUACGAGUUGGAUCUUCCAGUUAAUAUUUUAGAAAAUUUAGUUAGCCUUCGCGAAAGUUUUUUGCAUUUGAGUGCGCACGAUUAUGAUCAUAAUGACGACGAGUUUUUUUAUGAAGAUCGUGAAAGUUUACUGGAUCACAUUGAAACAACGGUCAUGAAAUUAUGUGGAACAAAUGUAAUGGAUGACAGUUAUAAAUGUCGUUCGAGUCGCUGUGGUAAGCGAUCAGCUCCUCUGAUUGUUAUUCUUCAACAACUAGGCGACUUCUGUAAAAGUCUUGGAUUUUCUUUGCUUUAG